AAUUGUGUUGGGUAGUAGCACGAAGGCCACAUAUCAACAUAGUACACACAACUACAGCCACAACCACAACCACGACCACCCUCUUAUCUAUAAAACAUCUUCCCCUUCCCUCCUUCCCAAAUCACACUCAAGCUCAAUUGCCUCCGAGAGCCUCCUAUCCCUUCUUCAUCUUACAUUCCGCAUCCGAUUCAAUACGAGAAAGCGAGUAAAUCCUUUCUUGUGGUGCCGUUUCUUCAAGAAUAUACGGUUGUUUCGGUCUGGGUUAGAGACAAGGAAAAAAGAAAAAGGAAAGGGUGGUUUAGAUUGUAGGGGGUAAAACCCAGGAGCGACGCGUUGUAGACAUCACGGCUAUAUUCGGAGUUUCUCGGCCUCUACUUCAUGUCCGGGCUGUCGGACCCAAGGGUUGUGUAAUUGAGAGCAACCCUUCACCGCACGGCGGGCGUGGCGCUUUGCCUUCCGAAGGCGGCAGUCCUUCCGACCUCCUCUUCCUCGCUGGUGGUGGUUUUGCUUCCGUUUCGUCCUACUAAUUAGUGCUAUAUUAGUUUUAGGUCUUCAGUCGUCUUUACAUUUAAAAGCUAUUUAGUUAUUCAGAGCGAUUGGCAAAAGUUUAUCGUCGUCGUCGUUGCUGCUGCUGCUGCUGUUGUUGUUUGGUGUCUUUCGUGUUUUCGUGAUUGAUUAAAUUUCCGAGAGAGAGAGAGAGAGCAAGAUGUUGAGGAUCAAGAGGGUACCAACUGUCGUUUCGAAUUACCAGAAAGAGGAGGCGGAAGAUGUUGCUCGCCGCGGAGGGGGUUGCGGCCGCAAUUGCCUCAACAAGUGUUGCAUUCAAGGGGCAAAGCUGCCUUUAUAUGCUUUUAAGAAGUUGAACAAGAUUGCCAGUGACAAAGGCUUAGCCGGACAUGAGAGUGGAAAGCCUCCCGUGGCCUUUUUGGACUCGCUGCUUCUUGGCGAGUGGGAGGAUCGCAUGCAGAGAGGGCUCUUUCGCUAUGAUGUCACUGCCUGUGAAACCAAGGUGAUUCCUGGCAACUAUGGUUUUAUCGCCCAGCUGAAUGAGGGCCGCCACCUUAAGAAGAGGCCAACUGAAUUCCGCGUUGAUAAGGUCCUCCAGCCUUUUGAUGGGAACAAAUUCAACUUCACUAAAGUUGGGCAAGAAGAAGUACUCUUCCAGUUAGAAGCAAGUGAUGAUGGUGAAGUCCAGUUCUUCCCAAAUGCGCCCGUUGAUGUUGAGAAUUCUCCAAGUGUUGUUGCCAUCAAUGUGAGUCCAAUAGAAUACGGGCAUGUGCUUCUGAUCCCUCGUGUUCUGGAGUGCCUGCCACAAAGGAUUGACCAUGACAGCUUCUUGCUUGCCCUUCACAUGGCGGCAGAAGCUGGGAAUCCUUACUUCAGGCUGGGUUUCAACAGUUUGGGUGCAUUUGCCACCAUCAACCACCUUCACUUCCAGGCUUACUACUUGGCUGUGUCCUUUCCUAUCGAGAAGGCUCCCACCGAGAAGAUCACCACUUUGGAUGGUGGGGUGAAGAUCUCCAAGCUGUUAAAUUAUCCAGUUAGAGGUCUCGUCUUUGAAGGUGGAUAUACUGUGGAAGACUUGUCAAACACCGUAUCUGAUGCCUGCAUUUGCCUUCAAGCUAACAACAUACCUUAUAAUGUUCUCAUUGCUGAUUGUGGAAGGCGAGUCUUCCUCCUCCCACAGUGUUAUGCUGAGAAACAAGCUCUUGGGGAAGUGAGUGCAGAGCUUCUUGACACGCAAGUGAACCCAGCUGUGUGGGAGAUUAGCGGGCACAUGGUUUUAAAGAGGAAGAAGGACUAUGAAGAGGCAUCUGAGGAAAAUGCAUGGAGGCUGCUUGCAGAGGUCUCCCUAUCUGAAGCGAGGUUUGAAGAAGUGUAUGCUCUUAUUUUUGAAGCCAUUGUGUGUGUCGACAAUGGGAAAGGAGAUGCUUCUGAAAGCUCACUGGAGGAGCCGGAUGUCAAUCCUCAACCACUUGAGGAAGUGGAUGCCAUCAACAACAACUCCCGCCACAAUAUGGUGACUGGGACACAAGAAUGCAUCGUUAUGCAUUGAGAAUCAGGAUCUGAUCACCAGAUCACCUGUGUUUGGUAUUGCAGUUUGCUGUAUGAGUUUGUAUAAGUAUUUAAUGAAUGGAUGCUAGCAGAUGUCAAAAUAAGUAAACAGGGUUUACAUUAUUGCAGCACCCUUUGUGUGUAUGCUUUCUGCCUUUUGGCUCUGUAAUAUUGUCUGAUGUGCUUCGUGUGUCGUGUAAAAUACUACUAGGUAUUGUUUGCAUAUUUGUGCUAAUGAAUGUGGAAUUAGUAUGUA